GUCUUUAUACGAUGAAAGAAAUGUGAAUAUUUCUCAAAUUUGCCGCUUCGUUUAUCUUGAUAAGCAAUCACGUGACGUAACAAACCACGUGAUGAUUCACCGUUCUGCAAGUGUUUUAAAUUGAAUGCAAUUAAAACUAUGACAAAGAGCCCCAUCAAAAAGUUGUCUUUAAAUGUUGGAAAAAGAAACCUAAGUUUUUGAAAUUUGUGUCAAAGAAUACAUUUAAAAUAUUUUUUUUUUAAGUUUUACAUAUAUUUCGGGUUGAAAUUAAUUUGGUUCGAAUUAUCUUAAGUUCGAAAAGUUGUGACGUUUGUAACGUCCUAAAAUCGUCUCGACCCGAUUUGUACUCGACACAUUAUCACUUUUAUAGUAUUGUUAAAAAUAAAUAUGGCCAAAGAAGGAAGAUCCUAUAGAAGACGAUCUAGAUCUAAAUCAAGAGACAGGAAGCGAAAAAGAUCCAGGUCAAAGGAAAGGAGAAGGUCAAGGUCAAAAGAAAGAAGAUCAAAGUCACGAGAGAGAAAACGUUCAAGAUCUCGUGAAAGGAAAAGGUCAAGAUCUAGAGAAAGGAAAAGGUCAAGGUCCAGAGACCGUAAAAGAUCUAGGUCAAGAGACAGAAGAAGGAAGGAUGAGAAGAGAAGGUCAAGGUCAAGAGACAGAAGGAAAAGGGGUUCUAAAGAUAGAUCAAAGAGUAAAUCACCAUCAAGGUAUGGUGAAGGAGCUAUAAGAGUCAAAGAUGAACCUCUUGAUAAGGAAGAGGAACAGAAAAGACUUGAAAUGGAAAUGCAAAAGCGACGGGAAAGAAUAGAAAAAUGGCGAGCUGAGAAAAACAAGACAAAGGAGCUUUUGCCAAUCAAUAUAGCUCCACCGUCCAAGAAAUGGAGUCUUGAAGAUGAGGAUGAUGAUGAUGAGGAAAAUGAGGACGAUGAGACAAAAACUGACGAUGAUAAUGAAGUUGAUCCACUCGAUGCUUAUAUGCAGAGUGUGAAUGAGGAAAUAAAGAAGCCGGAACAUACACCGAUGGAUACAAAUAAUAGUUCCAGUGGUAAAGUUACUAUAAUCACAGCUGUAGCCAAGAAGAAACCUGAUCCUACAGUACAGAAAGGAGAACUUAUGCUCAACAACACAGAUCUAAUGGAGUACUCAUCAGAGGAAGAAGAAGAGGAUCUCGACUCCACGAUGCUGAACAUGAUCAAGAAAAAGAAGGAUCUGGCCACAACUGACCACAGUAAAGUGUAUUAUGCUCCAUUUAGAAAAAACUUCUAUGUGGAAGUUCCUGAACUAGCAAGGAUGACACCAGAAGAAACUGAAGAAUUAAGAACAGAGAUGGAACAAAUUAAAGUGCAUGGAAAAGGCUGUCCUAAACCAGUCAGAGAAUGGGCACAAGUUGGUGUCAGCAAAAAGGUUUUAGAUUGUCUCAAAAAGAACCUUUUUGAGAAGCCAACACCCAUUCAGGCACAGGCAAUACCUGCAGUAAUGUCAGGCAGGGAUCUGAUUGGUAUAGCCAAGACUGGAAGUGGUAAAACACUGGCGUUUUUACUACCAAUGUUUAGACAUAUACUGGAUCAACCAGAGCUAGAUGAUGAAGAUGGACCUAUAGGUUUCCUGCGCAUUCCAACUGCUGAAAUUUUAUUAAAAAUAAAAACAGAUGCCCAAAAAUUUUACGAAAAACCCCUGGGUAUUUUAUGUCGUGUUGGGGAUCGGAAUAAAGGGGGUCUUUGGAAAAAGAUCGCAGAAUUAAAAAAAGGCUGCGAGGUGAUUGUGUGUACACCAGGCAGAAUGAUUGAUAUGUUAGCAGCAAAUAAUGGAAGGGUAACAAAUUUACGAAGAUGUACUUAUGUGGUACUAGAUGAGGCCGACAGAAUGUUUGAUAUGGGAUUUGAACCUCAGGUAAAUCGUAUAAUAGACAACAUACGACCCGACCGUCAGACAGUCAUGUUUUCAGCCACUUUCCCGAGACAGAUGGAAGCCUUGGCGAGAAAAAUAUUAACCAAACCUAUAGAAAUACAAGUAGGUGGGAGGAGUGUGGUGUGCAAAGAUGUUGAGCAACAUGUGGCAAUUCUUGAAGAAGAUCAGAAAUUUUUUAAGUUAUUAGAGUUACUAGGUCAGUACCAGGAGGAUGGUGGGGUAAUUGUGUUUGUAGACAAACAAGAGCAUGCCGAUGAUCUGAUGAAGGACCUAAUGAAACACUCUUAUCCCUGUAUGUCACUACACGGUGGUAUAGACCAAUAUGAUCGAGGGAGUAUCAUCAACGAUUUCAAAAAUGGAGAUAUCAAACUAUUGAUAGCCACUUCUAUAGCAGCUAGAGGUUUGGAUGUUAAACAUUUGAUGCUUGUUGUAAACUAUGAUUGUCCUAACCACUAUGAAGACUAUGUUCACAGAUGUGGACGGACAGGGAGAGCCGGAAACAAGGGAACAGCAUUUACAUUUAUCACACCAGAACAAGUCCGGCAUGCUGGUGACAUUAUCAAAGCUUUGGAAUUAUCAGAAGCUCCUAUACCUGACAAUCUGAAGAACUGGUGGGAAUCUUACAAGAAACAAGCUGAGGCUGAUGGUAUUAAAAUCAAAAGUAGCUCUGGUUUCCAUGGUAAAGGAUUCAAGUUUGAUGAAUCUGAGGCACAGCUAGUUAAUGACAGGAAGAAAUUACAGAAGGCAGCACUUGGUUUGGUGGAUUCUGACGAGGAGGACCCGAAUGAAGAUAUUGAGCAGCAGAUAGAGGACAUGUUUGCAAGUAAAAGAAGAGUAACAGAUGUUUCAAAAUCCUCACUCCCACAGAUGGUUCGUAUUCCAAUAGCUGGAGGUAUAAUGACAGGUCCUCAAGGCAAGAUGGGAGCAAAUAACCAGAUGAAAUUAGAGAUGGCAAAGAGGCUUGCAGCAAAGAUAAACUUUAACAAGAAUCUAGGUCAGGAGGCUCAAGAUAUUACUCAGCAGGCCACUAAAGCUAUUUUCCAGGACGGGGUGUCUGCCCCACAAGUGGCUUCAAAGACAAUAGCUGAGCAGAUGGCAGAAAAGAUCAAUGCUAAGUUAGGCUACACGCCACAGAUUGAAGAUGAUAAGGAAUUAGAACAAGAUACGUUCAAACGUUACGAGGAGGAAUUAGAGAUAAAUGACUUCCCACAGACUGCUAGAUGGAAGGUCACAUCAAAGGAGGCCCUUGCUCAGAUCUGUGAAUAUUCUGAGGCUGGUAUUACAGUAAGGGGUACAUAUUUCCCUCCGGGGAAACAACCGAAAGAAGAGGAACGUAAACUGUACCUGGCUAUUGAAGCUACUAGUGAAAUGGCUAUACAGAAGGCAAAGAAAGAAGUUACAAGACUAAUAAAGGAGGAACUAAUCCGUCUGCAAAAUUCCUACCAGCCAAUCAACAGAGCCCGAUACAAGGUUGUGUGAGGAUGAUGGGAUAUGUAGAACAAUAUUGGCUUUAUUACAAAGUGUUGAGAUACAUUCACAUUAUUUUAGUGUUAUAGUCAAAAUUGGACCUAGAAUUGGUGUAAAAUUGUACAUUGUUUCCCUGCCAGUUUUGAUAUAUUUCAGAGUGUCUAAUUUGUUUGCACAAAUACAAAGGUCUGUUGGAAAGUGUUAAAGAGUCUAGGGAUUUUUUUUUAAAUUUUAUUAUCUCUUUUUUUGCAAUAUUCCUUUGGGAAAUUUUAAUGCGUUAGCUAUAAGAAAAUUGGGGAAAUUUUACAAGCCUAUUACAAUUUUCAGAACUGUUUACAGAUAAUGAGACAUAUUUGUUAUGUAUGUAUAUAUAAAGUUAUGUUUUUCAGAAAAAAAGUACCACAUUUACUUUAUUAGUUAUAAAGAUUUUUGACAGGUUAUAUGGCCCUAUUUAAACGGUGGUUUGGAAAUCUAGUUUGAGCCAUGAGGCGUCAUUUUUUAGGGGGAAAAGUGAGAUUUCUUUGUAAAUUGAAAGCAGCCAUGUAUAUUAAACUAUUGUUAUAAACAUUACGAUUAUCCAGUGAAAAGCUACCUUAGAAACAUGCAGUAUUAAAAAUUUUAUAUGCCUAAAUAUCAAGUUGGUUAAGGCAAUUCUUUACAAAUUUAUCAGAUUUACAAGAUUGAAUUUGGCUUUUUCAAUGGUUUCAUAAAAUGGAAAUAAAUUUGAAUUUGGUCUGCAUUUAAGUUCAAUGGGGUGAUGAAUGUUUCAAUAUGAUGAAUAACAUUUUUCACCAGGUAAAACAGAUGGGGUGGAAAGUUCUUGGGGGUAUUUUUCUUAUCAAAAUUUUUCAUUUUUUAAGAAUAAUUGGAAGAUAUGUAUGGUACACUUGAUAGCUCUUCAGAAAGUUUAAGAUUAAGAAUGAGAAUCAGUUUAUUUACAAAGUAUAAUGGUGCCUCAUAUUUCCGUGGUACUUAACUGUUUAACACAGAAAACAAAGGUUAGAAGAAUAAAAUUCUGCAAAAUAUGUUGAAUAUUGUAGGAAAGACAUGUCAAUUACAUCAUAGUUUAUCCCUUUUAAUGUUUACAUGUAAGCAAUUAUAUAUUAACACCCAUCUGCUGCCUAGUGAGUAAAGUUGUGUUCUCAUAUUACCAAGGCAAUUACAUUUUAAGAAUUUCAGCAACAAAACCAAUAGUAAUUUUUAUUUUUUUGCCUUGUCUGAAAGUGGGGAUUUUCUCUAUAGCAUUUAUCAAAUAUCUCAAUGGUUGUUUAAAAAUGACAAUUGUCUUAAAAGGAAUGAAAAGUAAAAUUAAAAUGGUGAAACUAAAUCUGAAUAAAAUAAUAAAUUUUCUGUCAUAUAUGUGACAUUUUGAUAAAAAUACAAUAAAACAUUAAAGUAAAAUUCCUGGCAGGUGUAUGAUGUCUAGGAGGAAGUUGAGGCUGUUUAUGCCUAAUACCUUGGAAUAUUGGGUACCUCGGAAAUAUGAGGCACCAGUAUAAAUGAUGAGGAAUUGAGGUUGGACAUAGUGUGGGGAAAUAAGUACAUAUAAUAAAGCGGAGACAUAUUCAUAUUGAAUUAUGUUGUCUAAUUUUCUUCUUCAGCAUAGAAUUUCAAAUAAAUUCUUCGCAUUUUUAGCUCACCUGUCACAAAGUGACAGGGUGAGCUUUUGUGAUCGCUUUUCGUCUGGCGUCCGUCCGUAAACUUUUACUUUAAAUGACAUCUCCUCAUAAACCACUAAGCCAAUUUCAUCCAAACUUCACAUGAAUGUUCCUUUGGUGGUCACCUUUGAAAAUUUUUCAAAGAAUUAAAUUCCAUGCAGAACUCUGGUUGCCAUGGCAACCAAAAGAAAAAACUUUAAAUAUCUUCUUCUAAAAAAUCCAAAGAGCUAGAGCUUAGAUAUUUGGCAUGAAACAUCUUCUAGUGAGUGUCUACCAAGUUUGUUCAAAUAAAAUCCCUGGGGUCAAAAUUGGCCCCGCCCCUGGGGGUCAUUGAUUUUCCCUAUAUGCAUAUAGUAAAACCUUAAAAAAUCUUCUUUAAAAGAACCCAAAGACCUAUAGCUAAGAUAUUUAGCAUGAAACAUCCUCUAAUGGGUGUCUACCAAGUUUGUUCAAAUAAAAGCCCUGGGGUCAAAAUUGGCCCUGCCCCAGGGGGUCAUUGAUUUUCCCUAUGCAUAUAGUAAAAACUUAAAAAAUCUUCGUUUAAAGAACCCAAAGAGCUAGAGCUAAGAUAUUUAGCAUGAAACAUGUUCUAAUUGAUGUCUACCAAGUUUGUUCAAAUAAAAGCCCUGUGGUCAAAAUUGGCCCCGCCCCAGGGGGUCAUUGAUUUUCCCUAUAUGCAUAUAGUAAAACCUUAAAAAAUCUUCUUUAAAAGAACCCAAAGACCUAUAGCUAAGAUAUUUAGCAUGAAACAUCCUCUAAUGGGUGUCUACCAAGUUUGUUCAAAUAAGAGCCCUGGGGUCAAAAUUGGCCCUGCCCCGGGGGUCAUUGAUUUUUCUUAUAUGUGUAUAGCAAAAACUUAAAAAAUCUUCUUUGAAAGAAAACAAAUAGCUAGAGUUUAGAUACUAAGCUUGAAACAUCUUCUAGUGAGUGUCUACCAAGUUUGUUGUAAUAAAAGCCCUGGGGUUAAAAUUGGCCCCGCUCCGGGGUCAUUUAUUUUCCUUAUGUGUAUAACAAAAACUUAAAAAAUCUUCUUUGAAAAAACUCAAAUAGCUAGAGUUUAGAUAUUAAGCACGAAGCAUCUUCUAGUGAGUGUCUACAAAGUUUGUUCAAAUAAAAGCCCUGGGGUCAAAAUUGGCCCCACCCCGGUGACAUUGAUUUUCCUUAUAUGUGUAUAGCAAAAACUUAAUAAUCUUCUUUGAAAAAACCCGAAUAGCUAGAGUUUAGAUAUUAAGCAUGAAACAUUUUCUAGUAAGUGUCUACAAAGAUUGUUCAAAUAAAAGCCCUUGGGUCAAAACUGGCCCUGCCCCAGGUGUGUCAUUGUUUUUAACUAUAUGUGUAAAGAAAAAACUUGACCAGCUAGACCUUAGAUAUUUAGCAUGAAACAUCUUCUAAUGGGUGUCUACCAAGUUUGUUCAAAUAAAAGCCCUGGGGUUUAAACUGGCCCCGCUCCGGGGGCCUAUAUACAGGUGAGCGACUUCAGGGCCAUCAUGGCCCUCUUGUUUUCAUUUUGCUAACAAUAUUUAUUAUUACAUGUUUCUUUCACCAAUUGCUGUGUUUUGUUAUUUGAUAUUAUGACAUUCUUACUGCAGUCUAUCAUACAAAAUUAUUUGAUUUUUGUUUAAAACUUUAAACAUCUUAAUGUACAUACCUUAAAUUGUACAUAUUUUCAAAAAUCAAAUUUAAGAAAAAUUAUUUAGGAACUGAAUCAUGUUCUUAGGAAUAUCAUCAUAUUUAAGAAGUGCAGAAAUAUUCAAAAUUAAAUAAUUUUACAUGGCCUGGCUCUAUACUGGUGUCAAAUGUUAAUCACUCUUGGAUCAGCAGGGUUAAUCAACAUUGAACUAGGUGCCAAUAGAUAAUCAUAUAAGUAAUAACAAACAUCAAAUUUGUUCCACAAAGACAUGUACCUAUUAAAAUCUGGAAAAAGUGUGAUCCCUCGGAAGCAUUUAUCCCAACAAAAAGGAAAAAAUGACAAAAGACUAUUUACCCAUGGCAAAAGCUUUUUUUUUGCCAUGGCAAAAAUUAUUAAGUAUUGAAGUUGGAGAAGCUUUUUUGUACAGGUUUUCUCUCAGAAAGGGUAUUUUGUACUGCUAUUGAUUUGAAUUGAAACUAACAUAUUGUCUGUUAUCAAACUGAGCCUACCACAUUUUCAGUUUUCAAUUUUUGGGCAAUCUUUAAAGUUUCCAUUUUUAUUUUGACAUGGGUUUCCUGUAUACAGUAAUUAUCUAUAAUUUUUCUUUUACACAAGUUUGUAUACAUUGUAUGCUCGUUCUUGUAAUAUUAUAAAAUUUGUCUUGUGAUGUUGUAAGACAAACAGAACUAUAAGUAUAUGUACAAAUGUCCAGUUUUCUUUGUCAUUUGUGUUUGUCGUAAAUGUCACAAACAUAUGAUCAUAAAAGAAAUCAAAUAAAUGAUAAAAAAACUAC